GAAACGGAAAAAAAGAAGCUAGAUUCAGUCGAUCACCUGAGCUGUUCCUUUAUUCGCCGGAAAAUGUCUCUGAUUCCAAGCUUUUUUGGCAACCGACGCAACAGCAUCUUCGAUCCAUUCGCUCUCGACGUCUGGGAUCCCUUCAAGGAGUUCCAGUUCCCUUCUUCCCUCGCCGCAUACUCACCGGAGACCGCCGCUUUCGUUAACACUCGAGUCGAUUGGCGGGAAACUCCGGAGGCGCAUGUGUUUAAGGCUGAUCUUCCCGGGAUUAAGAAGGAAGAAGUGAAGGUAGAGGUGGAAGAUGACAGUGUGCUUCAGAUCAGCGGCCAGAGGAACAUUGAAAAGGAAGAUAAGAAUGAUACUUGGCAUCGCGUGGAGCGCAGCAGCGGGAAGUUCAUGAGGAGGUUUAGGCUGCCGGAGAAUGCGAAACCGGACCAGAUUAAAGCGUCUAUCGAGGAUGGAGUGCUUACAGUAACUGUGCCUAAGGCUGAGGUGAAAAAGCCUGAUGUGAAGGCAAUUCAGAUCUCCGGUUGAAUGUAAGUCGUCUCUAUCCUGCAGCAGAUAAAUAAGAGAAUGUGUGUGUAUCCGUGUGUUCUAAUGGUUGUUUAGUACUUGGGAAUAUGUGUCGCUUUGUUAUGGAGUUGAAGGGUUUGUUCUGUGUGAUGUGUUAAUACGACUUUUGCAAGUGAAAUAGUGUUAAGAGGAUAUUCCAAAUUUUCAUUAUCUUUGUUUUCUUGUUCUAUGUUUCCUGUUUUUAGUUUUGAAUUGAGUUGCCAAGUCCUUGUACUAUAAUUGUGAAUAAAGAGUUUGUAUAAAUUGUUUUAGAAUGGUAUUGAAAGGAGGGAAAUUUUAGUUCAUACUGAAUAUAAUGGAUUCAGUAUAACAAGAUGUGUUCUGUCAAUUGCCUUAAGGAAUUGUAUGAAGAAACAUCUUCCUUCGUACAUAACUUGAUCUUCUCUUUCAAAGUAAGAAUCUUCUGGCAAUACUGAGGCUGACCUGAGCACCCUUUAGAGAGGUUGCUUGCUUGUUGGCAGUGUUAAUGCUUACAUGCCAUUUUCCUAUGUCCGUUGUUAUUCAUACCCAGAUGUAGGGAGAUCAUUGAAUCUGGGGACUGGGGAGAAGUUUUCCGGGCACCAAUGCUAAAUUGUAUAAUCUACAUUCAAACAUUCAAAACAAACAUCAUUCUGAGAAGGCAUGAUUUAAGUUUUUUACUUUGACCUGAGUUCUAGUCCUCCAUGUUGUUCAUGUAUGAAGGGUAUAAUUCAUUUUUCUUUCUCAUUUUUAGAUUCAGCCGUGAAUCCUUUUAAUACAGUUUUAAAAGUGUGGGACAAAUUGAAGAGUUUGUGGAAUCCUCUGGCUGUGGAGAUUGUCAUAGCUUUAUCUUUCUAUGUCCUAUCUCCCUGGCCAGCACAAUAUAUGUUUAAGCCACCGAAGCAUUUUAAGGUUGGGUUUGGAUUAAGGGUUGUAGGGGUCAUAUUGUUUUAGGGUUUUAGUUUGAUUUUGUAUGAAUUUUAC